UCCGCCCUCCGAGUCCCGGUCAAGUCUCGGUGGAGGGGAUUCCGGGCCUGGAGGCCUCCGCUGCGGUUACCGUCCGCACCUCGGCCGCCGCCUGCUGCCCAGUGUGGGUUCCCUUGGGGACCACAGGGAACUUCUUCAUCCUGAUUGGAUGGGAGCAAGACCCUUGGGAGCAAGACCAAGAAACUGAGGCCCAGGAACAGGUGAAGAUGGGGUUUAUAUUCUCAAAAUCUAUGAAUGAAAACAUGAAAAACCAACAGGAGUUUAUGCUUAUGAAUGCUCGACUCCAGCUGGAAAGACAGCUAAUGAUGCAGAAUGAAAUGAGAGAAAGGCAGAUGGCUUUGCAGAUUGCUUGGUCUCGAGAAUUCCUCAAAUAUUUUGGAACUUUUUUUGGCAUUGCAGCCAUCUCUUUAACAGCUGGAGCAAUAAGAAGGAAGAAGCCAGCCUUCCUCUUCCCUAUCAUUCCACUAGGCUUUGUCUUCACCUACCAGUAUGACUUAGGAUAUGGAACCCUUCUCCAAAGAAUGAAAGGUGAAGCUGAGAACAUACUGGAAACAGAAAAGAGUAAGUUGCAGCUGCCGAAAGGAAUGAUCACUUUCGAAAGCCUUGAAAAAGCCAGAAGGGAACAGAGUAAAUUCUUCGUAGACAAAUGAAAUUAUGUUUACCCACCGAAUCUCAAAACACAUCAUUGUUGACUUGAAUCAUGGUUUUUACAAUUUUUAGAUGCUUGAGAUUUUGAUAUAAUGGAUUUUAUUUUAAAAUAUUAAAAUGCAAGAUGGGUUUUGUUAAAUGAUUUUAAAAUAAAAUUUAUAACAUUCAACACAAAA